AUGGAGACCAAACCCGAUAUUGCGCAAGCAGUGUCAAAUUUGAGGGAUGCCCUUCGCAACUAUCGUGGAAAGUCAACCGUCAAUCGAAGCCUUUCUGAAGCUCUUGGUGAUUCAGGUUUCGAUCAUUCUAGAGAACCACAAGACAAGCAUUCUAGAACGCCUCUUUUACCACCAAUCGGCAAUGACCAGCUGGAGAAAUCUGUUUUCACGCAUCCUGCAUGUGGUCAAUCCCACAAUGCAACAUAUGAUCGGCUAGAAGUCCUAGGCGAUGCGUAUAUUGAGCUGAUGGCGACAAAGCUGGUGUGGGACAAAUUUCCUGGCAUUCCAGCCGGGAGGAUAUCUCAGAUCCGAGAAGGCCUAGUGAAGAACGAGACGCUAGCCAAAUUUGCUGAGACAUAUGGGUUUGAUCACAGAGCAAAAGUGCCAGCGAGUUACGCGGACCAGCCAAAACGAUUGACCAAGACCAAAGGGGAUAUUUUCGAAGCGUACGUUGCUGCGGUGAUACUAGGCGACUCUCAUGACGGCUAUCGGAUUGCGAAUCAAUGGCUGGUCGGACUAUGGUCACCAAUGCUAGAUAAGUUAGGGCAACAAAAAACGCAGUUACGGUCCAAGGAGGAAUUAGCAAAGAAGGUCAUGGGCAAAGGCGUCAAACUGGAAUAUAUUACCGAGCGUGACGUCGUUGAGGAAAGGGGCAGCGGAACGCAGACCUUCUUCAUCGGAGUCUACCUCACAGGCUGGGGCUGGGAAAAGGAGCAUCUUGGAUCGGGAUCUGGUUCCAGUAAAGCGGCCGCCGGUGAUGAAGCCGCACGGAAUGCCCUGAUAAAUACGUCCCUCAUCUCUAAGAUUAACGCCGUGAAAAAAUCAACAGAGCAGGGGAGGUAG